UCCCAGUCCCUCCUCCUCCGAGCCAUAAAAAGAAGACGGAAAAAAAAGAUUGGGAAAAAGAGAGAUUCUACAAAAUCCUUCCCCCCCCCCCUCUUCUCACAACGCCCGUGUUUCCCUUUCAUAUUUUCCAUCGUAUGUUCUUUGAGCUCCGGCUCCAUUAACGGAGCCUAGCUCAUUCUCCAAACUCUAAUUCUUCGUUUAGAUCUCUCUUCUCCUUCUAUUUUCAAUUCUUGCGAUUUGUGGAUCUCGAGCUUAAACCAAACCAACGAGAGAGAAAUGUCAAAACCGUGGGGCGGAAUUGGAGCCUGGGCUGCUGAUGCCGAGCGUGCUGAGGCUGAGGAACGAGAGGCGGAAGCUGCUGCGGCCGCCUCCCAAGCAGAAUCGAAGAAUUUCCCUAGCCUUAAGGAAGCUGUCAACACCAAGCCCAAGAAGAAGAAGAUGACGUUGUCGGAAUUCACUAUGGGGACCUUGACGGGCCCGGGCGCCGGCAGUAGGCAAACAGACAGCAAGGGCUUGACGCCGGAGGAGAUGCUUCGACUUCCGACUGGUCCCAAAGACCGUUCUGGUGAAGAAAUGCGUCCUGGUCGACUUGGUGGGGGAUUUCCCACUUAUGAUCGGCACAGUAUGCCUGCUGGUCGAUUUCGAGACCGUGAUGAAGGCGAUGGGUCUUGGGGUGGUGGUCGACGAUCGUUUGGUGGGUUCGAUGAUGAUCGUAGGGAUCCACCUCCUAGGGCUUCCAAUUUCGAUCAACCUUCCAGGGCUGACGAGGUGGAUAAUUGGGCAAUGACUAAGAAAUCUCCCACAUUGGCUUCAGAGCGACAGAAUAGGUACGGGUCGCUAGGCGGUGGUAUGGGUGGAAUUUCAUCCAGGGCAGACGAGGUCGAUAGCUGGGCCAGUGCGAAAAAACCUGUUCCAUCGAGAUCCUCCACUUUUGGUUCUGGUUACCGUGACCGUGAGGUGAAUGAGCAUGAUCGCUGGACUAGAGGCAGUUCACGUGAUAGUGACACAGAACGACCCCGGUUAGUAUUGGAUCGACCCAAAGCUAAUCUCCUUACAAAUGAAGCAACAAGGUCGAACAAGCCAAGUCCUUUUGGAGCAGCAAGGCCAAGAGAGGAAGUUUUGGCUGAGAAGGGGUUGGAUUGGAAGAAGCUGGAUACAGAAAUUGAGGCCAAAAGAACCAGUAGGCCAACCAGUGCUCACUCUAGCAGACCUUCGAGUGCUCAAUCGAGCCGUUCAGAGGGUCCAGGAUUGCAGGGCGUAGAAAAUGUGGUGAAGCCGAGGCCAAAAGUCAAUCCAUUUGGGGAUGCCAAGCCUAGGGAGGUUUUGCUGGAGGAACGUGGCAAGGACUGGCGGAAGAUAGAUCUGCAACUUGAGCGUCGUGCUGUGGACAGGCCUGAAACAGAAGAGGAAAAGAUGUUGAAAGAGGAAAUUGAUGUUCUAAGAAAGGAACUUGAGAAAGGCUUAUCUCUGAAUGCUAAGAAAGAAUCGAUGCAAGAAUCUGCCGUAGAGAUACAAGAUCUGCGUGACAGAAUAAAUAAAAAAGAAUGUGAACUGGAGGCGCUGGUCCUUGAUUUGGAUGAUAAGGUACGCUUCGGGAAGAAAGCAGCUGAGAGACCUGGCUCUGGAGCAGGUAGGGCUGCUGUCUUUCCCGAAAGACAAUCUUCUCAAGGAUCCUUUGAUGAGUCCAGAAGUUUCGAGUCCAUGGAACGGCCUCGAUCACGUGGCACUCCAGAUGUGUGGAGUAGAUCUGCUGAGGAUGGAAAACCAAUACAAGGUGCCAGAGAUGGAGGAUUUUUGGGCAACAGAGACAUGAACAGGUCGAGGGAUAGUAGAUGGUAAGCUACAUUGUGGACACCAUUGGUUUGAUGAUCUACACCUUUUGAGUAUUGGAAGCUAAUAAUACAUUGGUCUCACCUUUCACGAUGGUUCUCUUAUUUUGAGCUCUGGAAAUUGGAGUGAGAGAGUACUACUGAUGUGGUGCCAAACUUUUGUUACCCCUUCUUCAAACUAUGUAAAAUUGCUAUUUCUUAUUUUUGUUGAAAUUGAGGAGCCUGUAUCAUGGUUAGGACUCGAAUUAUAACCAGACAGUUGGGAUUCCCUAGUUUUUUCUUUUUCCUCUCUUGUAACAGUCAGGUCAUUCUGUGUUAUACAGCUAAUUUGGUUCAUUUUGCUCAUCCA